UUGGGAGGUUGGAAAGGAUGGAACAGCCGGUGCGAAGAUGGCUCGUAGACAUCUCUGGAUGGAAUCCUUCAGAGGAUGAGUUCUCCUCCUUAGUUUCUCUACUUCCACAGCAUGAGCACUCCGCCAUCUCCAGGUUUAUAAAGUUUGAGGAUAGAAAGCGUGCAUACAUAAGUCGGUUACUUCAAUAUUCACUUGUGCAUGAAGUUCUAGGAAUCCAUUUUGACAAGAUCAUCAUUAAUCGAACAAUUGAAGGGAAACCAUAUUUGAAAAAUGGACAAGAUAUGCUCAUGAAUUUCAAUUUCAACGUAUCGCAUCAUGGGAACUAUGUUGGAAUAGCGUCUGAGCCGGUGUGCCCUGUAGGAUUAGACAUUGUCUCCAUUCACAUCCCUCUGCAUGAAACAGCUCUUGAGUUGGUCAAGAACUUCUCAUCUUAUUUUACAAAUUCAGAAUGGGGGAAAAUCAUGAAUGCUGGCAGUUCAGAUGAUAUCUUUUCUGAUUUUCUCAGAUGCUGGUCUUUGAAGGAAGCAUUUGUCAAAGCAUUAGGAGCAGGGCUGGGGUAUGGACUGCACAGGUUGGAAUUUCAUCACAAUAACUGGACACAUAUAUCAGUUGACAUUGAUGGAGUGAAAUCAACAGAAUGGAGAUUCUGGCAUUUCAAAAUUGACAACUUGCAUUUUGCAACUGUGGCAAAGGGGCCUCCAGGAGCUGCUGAGAGUAAUCAAAGUACUUUGAUGCAAGUAGCUAACAAGGAAGAGUUGAACACCAUACACCCUCAUGAAGAUCAGUUCAUCUUCCGUACUGUAGAGGAUCUCAUUUCAGUUUUUCUCAGAGAGAAAGGUUUGGCUGAUGAGUUCAAUUUGUUGUAAGAAAGAAGUCUUUUAAAUUAUUUUCUUUCCAGAGCUGUGCUUUUGCCCACUGGAUGGAAUGAACCAUUGUGACCAUUAUUGUUUUCUUUAUUUAUGCAUCAAGUUUUUUUCCCCUUUACGGUUACAUAGGAUUCAAGUAUUGUGCUCAUUUUGACUCAGGUUUUGGAUGUCCUGAGUCUUGUGUUUCUUAUAUCUGAGAAAAGCAGGUGAAGUUGGGACUUGAGCAAGAGUAAUUUCUAGUUAAAUAUUGUAGAGAAACAUUUC